GUAAAAGCUAAACUCAUGUCUCACAAAGUUAUUACUUGUUCAAUGGUAAUGUCUUAACUUGGCACAAUGCAUGUUUGUUUAGUGUUUAUCGUUGUUCAUACAUUUUAGGGGAAAUCUAAAAAAGAAAAUUUCAAACUAAAUGAUACAUUUUUAUUUAUAAUAGAUUUAUAUUUUUUUUACAAAAUAACCAUCAAUCAUGUCAGUAAAAUUAUUAAAAUAUAUUGUCUCAAAUAGUUGUAUAAGGAGCAGAGUACAUAAUAUGAAAUAUAUGAGUACAGUAAAUAAUGAUAAGCCCAUUAAAGUAACUUUUAACAAAGCCAAUGGUGACAAAAUUAUUGCCGAAGGCAAAAAAGGAGAUUCAUUGUUGGAUGUCAUUAUCAAUAAUAACUUAGAUUUUGAUGGAUAUGGAGCAUGUGAAGGUACGUUAACAUGUUCUACAUGUCAUGUGAUUUUAGAUUCAAAGGAUUAUGAUGCAUUACCUGAUAAGCCCUCUGAUGAAGAACUAGAUAUGUUAGAUUUAGCAUAUAACUUAACUGAUACGUCUCGAUUAGGAUGUCAAAUAAUUUUAGAAGAAAAAUUAGAUGGAUUAGAAGUUAAAGUACCAGCUACAGUUAAUGAUGCUAGGUAUAACUAAAACAUACAUAUAAAAAAAACAAUAUUUUGACAAAAAAUAUUACUUUUCUUAUUUAAAUUAAUAUAUUAUCUAUAGACUUUAAAUGGAGAUACAAAUUUAAAUUUUUAUGACUUUAUAAGUUUCUUCAAGUAAAAUUAUUACAUUUAUGGUUUUUAUUUUUUUUUUUCAUCAUUUAAAUACUUAAAAAGAAGUACAGUACUAGAUUACUAGAAAAUAUGAUUAUAUUAUAAUAUAUAUAAAAUAUGCAUUAGAAAUUGUUUGUAACAAAAUUGAGGACCUAUAUAAAUGAUAAGUUACUCUACUAUUUAAUUGUUUGUAUUUCUAAUGAGUAAUUCGACUAUAUUAGCAUUAUCUAAUUUGUGUUGUAACCAUUUUUUUUUUUAUCUAUUUAUUUUAACUCAAUGUUAUACAAACAAUUAAAUCUUCUUUAAUCGCGCA